AUCACAGCACAGUAUAAAAGCCAGAAGCAGCAUCAGACUGGAUGGGAUUGAGAGAUUUCCGUCAGGAUAUCUAACAGGCUCACACUCACAACACAUCUGACAGAGCUGCUGUUUUUCAGCGAAAAUUUAAAGAUAAUAAAAGAUUAGUCACCAAAGAGGAAUGAAGAAAAUCAACUUUUUUACCGACUUGCUUCUUGUAUGCAUAGCCAGUGAUGCGAGCGCGUGGAUUGUCAACAAUGCGACUGACACGCUCAUUGGAGCCAAUAUCACCAAUAUCAAUAAAUCGGAAGUGGGGGAUAACGGAUUGGCAUCCAUACCAAAAUCGAGGAGAAAACGUUACAUUUCGCAACGUGACAUGAUAGCUAUUCUGGACUAUCACAAUAAGGUGCGAGCGAGUGUUUUCCCACCUGCAGCCAACAUGGAGUACAUGGUUUGGGAUGAUGGCCUGGCCAGGUCUGCAGAAGCUUGGGCAGCAACCUGUAUUUGGGAACAUGGACCUCGAUACCUUCUCCGAUAUCUGGGUCAAAACCUCUCAGUCCGAACUGGCAAUUACCGCUCCAUUCUUCAGCUGGUUAAACCUUGGUAUGAUGAGGUCAAAGAUUAUGCAUUUCCAUACCCACGUGACUGCAAUCCCCACUGUCCGAUGCGCUGUUAUGGACCCAUGUGCACACAUUACACACAAAUGGUGUGGGCGUCAACAAACAGAGUUGGGUGUGCCAUUCAAACCUGUUACAAUAUGGUUGUGUGGGGCGCUGUGUGGAGGGAGGCAACAUACUUGGUCUGCAAUUAUUCACCAAAGGGCAACUGGAUUGGUGAAGCACCUUAUAGAGUUGGUGUACCAUGCUCAGCCUGUCCUCCUAGCUAUGGAGGUUCAUGCAGCAACAACAUGUGCUUUCCUACCAUCAACUCAAACUUCAUGUUCUGGUUUAAAUAAGCUGUCUGCCAUAUCUUUAAUGCUAUUAAGUGAUUGGAUUAUUACAGUGAUUUACAGUGUAAUCUUUUUAAUGUAAUAUCUAUGCAUUUUGUACAGCAGAUGUAGCUUUUUGUAUGUUUACUACAGAGUCCAGAAAUGGUGCUAAUGUCAAUGCAACCUUAACUUGUCUGUUUAAAGGGAUAGUUCACCCAAAAAUGAAAAAUCUCUCAUAAUUUACUCACACUCAUGCCAUCCCAGAUGUGUAUGACAUUCUUUUUUCUGCAGAACACAAAUCAGUGAAUGGUGAUCAGAACUUUGGAUCUUCAAAAAUCACAUAAAAGCAGAAUAAAAGUUAUCCAUAAGACUCCAGUGGUUAAAUCUAUAUCUUCUGAAGCGAUAUGAUAAGUGUGUGUGAGAAACAGGUUAAUAUUUAAGUCCUUUUUUUACUAUAAAUCUCCACCUUUGACCAGCCACAAACAGUAGGUGGCGAUAUGCAUGAAGAAUACGAAUUGGCAAAAAACAAAACAAAAGAAGAAGAAUGUGAAAGUAAAUGUGGAGAUUUAUGGUAAAAAAAAAGACUUAAAUAUUGAUCUGUUUCUCACUCACACUUAUUAUAUAGCUUAUGAAGAUACGGAUUUAACCACUGGAGUCUUAUUAAUUAUUUUUAUGCUGAUUUAUUGGAUUUUUGGAGAUUCAAAGUUCUGGUCACCAUUCACUUGUAUUGUAUGGACCUACAGAGCUAAGAUAUGCUUCUUAAAAUCUUCAUUUGUUUUCUGCAAAAGAAAGUCAUACACAUCUGGGAUGGUAUGAGAGUGAGUAAAUGAUGAGAGAAUUUUCAUUUUUGUGUUCUAACUAUUCCAUUAAGGAGCAACAAUCAUAUUGAUGCUCAUGAAUUAGAUUAGUUAUAUUUUCCUCUGGUGUACAGAUCAAGUCUGUGCUGCUGAUCACUAUAUGGGUUAUACAACAACGUUUACUAUAUAUUCCAAUUUUCAUGUGAAUUUUUUACAGUCCAUAUCUGUCAAUGUUUUUCCAAGGUGCUUAAACAAAACUUUAAGCUAUAUUUUUGUUAAUGAACAGAACCUUGUACGAAGUAGUGACUGGAAUGGCAUUAUAGCUGUCAAUGUUGUUUCAGUUGCAAUAGCCACAAUGAGGUUUUUGUAAUGAUAACUUUGAAUGUAUUUUCAGCAUUUUUAUUUGGUCAUCAGAAAGCAAACACAGUAAAGUUCUCAUACCUCUGUUUUGGUAAGUUGUGGUAUAAGUUUUUGUGUGUUACAUUUCAUUGUAUAGAUUGGGAAUCCAUGAUAAAUUAUCAUGAAACGGUGCUCUUCUAUGCCAAACAUUGUUACUCUGAAUGUGAUUUGCUUUUCCUUUCACAUAAUCUUUGCUGUAAAAUUGUUCUGGUUACACUACAUGAUUCUCAGAUUGUGACCUCUUCCCGAACCCCACAUCCUAGUCUGUUUUAUAGUUCUCUGGAGGAGAGGAAGUACAUCUAAGCUUGUAGUGUAAAACCCUGCUAAGCUAUAUUGUGAGUAUAGAAUCUCUGUUAACAUUUAGAUAAACAUGAUUUUGUACCAGCAUAUCUUACCAAACUCAAUUAGUGACCCAUUGAGAUGAUUAUUUAAAGGGAUAGUUCACCCAAAAAUGAAAAUUCUCUCAUCAUUUACUUACCCUCAUGCCAUCCAAGAUGUGAAUGAAUACGUUUCUUCUGAUGAACUCAAAGAUUUUUAGAAGAAUAUUUUAUCACUGCUGGUCCAAAUCUCCAUUUUCACAUUAUUUUUUUGUUUUUGCCGAUUCACAUUUGUCAUGCAUAUUGCCACCUACUGGGAAAGGAGGAGAAUUUAUAGUAAAAAAGAACUUAAAUAUUGAUCUGUUUCUCACCCACAACAU